AUGGAGGCUCAGCCGUCAACCAGCGCCCUGAGUGUUGCUGCCCCUUUCACGACACCGCCGUGCCUCUUUACGGUCGUGCCGCUGGGGGAACUAGCUGCGGGCUCGCGCACGUCAGUAGAGGGCGACGCAAUCCGCUUUAGCGCGGCCGCAAGCGCGCACGCCCAAGCUCUCUCUCCCGCUUCGCCUCCGGGCUGCGUCCUUUUGUCCCACACGCACGCGCAGGUGCGCACGCACGAGCUCCCUUCUCUCCCUCCCCGUUCACCCCGUGCCGCGCGCCGCUGCUAA